ACAAAGCAAGCUAAGCCACAGCAAUUUUUUUUAUUCUCAAUAGUUUAUUAACAAUUUUUUUCCUUCCAAUUAUUUGUUUCGGUCUCUUUUCAUACCACUUCGUACAAGAUGCCUCACUCAUUCGGUCUUCGUGCUCGUACUCGUCACAUGUUCUCUCGUAACUUCAGAGAACAUGGUACCAUUCCUCUUUCCACCUACUUGAAGACCUACAAGGUUGGUGACAUUGUUGACAUUAAGGCCAAUGCUGCUGUUCAAAAGGGUAUGCCUCACAAGUUCUACCACGGUCGUACUGGUGUCAUCUACAACGUUACCAAGUCUUCCGUCGGUGUCAUCGUUUACAAGGUUGUCGGUAGCCGUUACAUGGAAAAGCGUGUCAAUGUUCGUGUUGAACACAUCAAGCACUCCAAGUGCCGUCAAGAAUUCUUGGACCGUGUUAAGCUUAAUGCUCAAAAGAAGAAGGAAGCCAAGGCUGCUGGUGUUACAUUCAACCUCAAGAGAAUCCCUGCUCAACCUCGUGAAGCUCGUCAUGUCUCCACCAAGAAGAAUGUCCCUCAAACCAUCGCUCCUAUUCCUUAUGAAACUCUCAUCUAAGGAGCUUAUUUGGAUAAAAAACUUAAUAAAGGCAUCUGUCUUUAGAAAUUUUUUUGCAUCAGG